CUUCUCUCUCCCUUCUUCUCUCUACAUCAUCUGCAUCUCUCGCAAUAUAAUAUCGCUUCAGACUCUCUUCUUUGUAUUCUUCAAUUCAAUUUAUUGAGCACAAGAGGUCAACUCCCAAUCCAAUCUCCAUCAUGGCACCUCCAAAAGAGGAUAUAUUCGUAGCCGUCACCCAAUCCGCCGAGACCGGCAAGGAAGCCGCACAAACUGAGGUGCGCAAGCUCGUCAGGAAGACUCACCUGGAAAGAGUCCCUCCACCAGUCCGCUAUGCUCUCGUCGUUCUCAGCAGUCUGUAUCUCAGCUCCGCGCUAUUCACACUCUCGUCGCACAUCACCGGAGAACUGGGCCGCGUGAGCAAGCACUUCGAGGGCUGGUGGCAGGUGGGGGGAUUGGUCGCGUGGAGGGCCGUUGAAGUUGGAUUGAUGUGGAUUUUGGGGUUCGAAGGCCGAGAUGUCUGGUCCCUCGCCUUCCUCGCGCAUCUCCCGACCUACGCGCUCCUAGCCUCAUUCUACAACAUCCGUCCAACAACCAUGCUCCUCGCCUACGCGAUAACAGUCAUCUCCACCGCCGCGCCAUUCACCCUCCUCCGCAAAUCAUCCACUGAGAAAGAAUCCCCCGGCGGGACCUCCAGUAACCGCGCCAUCGUCCAAGACUGCGCUACAACAAUCUACACCACCCUCGCCGCAACCUCCAUCUUCACCGUCGCGCUCUCCCUCAGCUACGCAACCUGGCUCCCCGCCCAUCUAGUCGUCCACUUCGACUACCUCCCCGACAUCUCCGUCGUGCACGCCGGGCCCGCGCGUCUCCCUGUACUUUUCGUGGCGCUGCUCCCCGCCGGCUGGGCCGCGCGAGACUUUCUCUUCGUGAGCUCCACGGGUUCUACAACGGACGAUGAUGACAGCGACAACGACGAAGACGACACUAACGACAAGGCGGGCAAGGACAAGAAGGAAGGCGAGUAUCUCGCCUGUACGGUGUGCCACAAGCUGUGUGGGCAGCUGUCGCCAAAGACGCGGGUGCUCGUUACGCGCACGGCGACCCUCGCUGGUAUGCUGGUGCUGAACACCGUUGUCCAGGUCGCGGGCACGGUGCGGGGAGCUGAUGUCGAGGGCGCUGCUGCUUGGGGCGCUAUCUGGGCUACUGCUGCUGGGGCAGUGGGUGCGACUUAUGCGUGGAUUGAGGCUGUUGAUGGGGUGUAAUUGAUUGACUGGGAAGUGGGGACUGGGGAAGUGGGCUGAACAUAAAAGGGUAUCUUUCUUUACUUGUAUAAUUUAUUCUCGUCUGGUUGUGAUUGGCGUUCUUUUUUUCUUUUCUCUAUCUCAUUUUUGCUUUCUUAUCUUCAUCUUUUCUGUUCUUCACUUCAGCUUGUUCGUCACUAUCACAGACCCUUAGUGUAACAUCACAAAAUGUAUAAUAAUAGGCAACAAAAUGGAAUGGUUGAUGGUUGAAUGGA